UCGUACCAACCAAUCCGCGAUCGCCCUAUUGCCAUCAGCAUCGAGACCAAAACGCUUGAAGGAUCGAGUCAAGAGGCAAAAGCACAGCUCUCCAUCUGGGCAAGCGCUCAUCUCAAGAGGUUGCGGUCUCUGGCGGGCAAGUCAUCAGCCAAAACGUCGCAUGCUGUCGGCAUAACCCUUCCCGUGCUGUCCACUAGUGGUGGAGAUUGGACCUUGCUGUUUGUGAAAGACGGAAUUAGCGGCGUUGAGGUCAUAGAGACACUUUCUGUAGGGAACACCAAGUCUCUAGUUGGGUCUUACAAGUUGGUGUCGGUGUUGAGGCAGUUGGGGCUUUGGGUGCAGACCACGUUUCGACCUUGG